CUCUGUCUCUCUGUCUCUCUGUCUCUCUGUCUCUCUUUCUUUCUCUCUCUCUCCUCGCGGUGAAGUCUGCCAAGGAUAAUCUAUCUGUUCUCACAAUAUUCCGAUCUCUAAUAAGUGAUCGUGAGAUAGAGAUAGCAAGUGGGGAAGUUUCCACAAAUCUGUGUCUCCAACACUUGUUAUCAAAAUCGUGUAUUUCUCUUCUGAUUCGAUCUUUCUAAGACGAUGUUUUGCGAUUGCUUCUACUGGAACCAAGGAAACUCCGAGUUAGAAUCGGAAUCGUUCGAGUCAAAGCCUUUCUCGCUUCCGUGUCCUCUUCCUCGAUGGCCACAAGGCACAGGUUUUGCUACGGGAAGGAUAAACCUCGGAGAGAUCCAAGUAGUGAAAGUAACUGAGUUUGAUAGAGUUUGGAAAUGUAGCAAGACACGUGGCGGUAAAUCAAGAUGUGCAUCUUUUUACAAACCUGUGGGUAUACCAGAAGGUUUCCAUUGCCUUGGCCAUUACUGUCAGCCAAACAACCAGCCGUUGAGAGGCUUCGUUCUUGCAGCUCGGGCCAACGAUUCGGAUAAGGAUGAUCAUCGUCCUGCACUGAAGAAACCAGUGAACUAUACUUUAGUUUGGAGUUCAGAUUCAUCAGACUGCUACUUCUGGUUACCUAAUCCUCCUGUUGGUUACAAAGCCGUGGGAGUCAUCGUCACAGAGGAAGCAGAGGAGCCUGACACUGAAGAAGUGAGAUGUGUAAGAGAGGAUCUCACAGAAACUUGUGAAACACGUGAGAUGAUUCUUAACGUGGGAUCUUUUAACGUAUGGACCACGGAACCGUGCUCCAGAGGGAUUUGGUCACGAGGCGUGGCGGUUGGAUCAUUCUUUUGCUCCACUAAUAAUAACAAAACGGACAUGAACAUUGCCUGUCUGAAAAACCUUGAUCCCACCUUACAAGGGAUGCCGAAUCUUGACCAAGUCCAUGCGCUUAUCCAACAUUACGGACCAACGGUCUACUUCCACCCUGAAGAGACUUACUUACCUUCCUCCGUGCCAUGGUUCUUUAAAAACGGAGCUUUGUUGUACCGGUUUGGUAAACCGGAUGGAGAACCGAUUAACUCAACCGGUUCGAACUUGCCUUCAGGUGGGAAAAACGAUGGGAGCUACUGGAUUGAUCUCCCUCAAGAAGAUGAGGAAGCUACAAACAAUCUAAAGAAGGGAAACAUAGAGAGCUCAGAGCUUUACGUCCACGUGAAGCCAGCACUCGGUGGGAUCUUCACAGACGUUGUUAUGUGGAUCUUCUGUCCCUUCAACGGUCCCGCCACGCUCAAGAUCGGUCUCCUCACCGUACCAAUGAACCGUAUAGGAGAACACGUUGGUGACUGGGAACACUUCACGUUCCGGAUAAGUAACUUCAACGGGGAACUUACUCAGAUGUUCUUCUCUCAGCAUAGCGGUGGUGGAUGGGUUGAUGUGUCUGAUCUUGAGUUUGUUAAAGGAAGCAACAAACCAGUUGUGUACUCUUCUAAACACGGACACGCGAGUUUCCCUCACCCGGGGAUGUAUCUUCAAGGCUCGUCCAAGCUUGGGAUUGGAGUGAGAAACGAUGUUGGGAAGAGUAAGUAUGUGGUGGAUUCUAGUAAGAGGUAUAGAGUCGUGGCGGCUGAGUAUUUAGGGGAAGGAGUGGUUUCAGAGCCGUGUUGGUUACAGUAUAUGAGAGAGUGGGGACCAACUAUAGUGUAUGAUUCUGCAGCUGAGAUUGAUAAGAUUAUUAAUCUUUUGCCUUUGAUUGUGAGGUAUUCUAUUGAGAGUUUGUUUCCUAUUGCGCUUUAUGGAGAGGAAGGUCCUACGGGACCAAAGGAGAAAGAUAACUGGGAGGGAGAUGAGAUGUGUUGAAGAAAGGUUUUGGUUGAGCUUACAUGGCUUUGUGAAAACAGAGCUCCUCUGUUUCAGUGAAUGUGUUUGUGUAAUAGUGUAUAGGUUAUGAUGAUGUAAAGUCUUCUUUAUUUGAAACUACAACCGGUCUGCGCUACGCGUGAAAUUGAAUGACAUUGAAUGACACACCGGAUGAUAAGAAUAAUUUUGUUUUAUAU